UUGCCAAAAAGCAAAAAAUUGAAAACCACGAUUCACUCACCUCACCUUACCAAGGCGGAGGAGAGUACAUUUAUACUCAUUUUCUCCGCAUAAUCUAAUAUUCUUCUGAUUAUUUAUAUUUUUGUAAUUCUCAAUUUGAUUUCGGGAGGAGGGAAGUGUUGCGUGAAUAUCCAUUUUGUUUUGUUCGAGAAUGGGGGAGCAGAAGGGAAGAUGGAAUUGGGAGGUGACCGGAUUCGAGCCCAGGAAAUUGGUGGAGCAUGAUGAUUAUCAGAAGGCGUCCGUGGCGCCGGUGGUCCGCCGCUACUCGAUGUCUGUGUCGUCGACUCCUGAGCUCACGAAGCAGGGCUUUAACUCUAAGGUCCAGAAAUUGAAGGACAAAGUCAAGAUUGUCAGAGAAGAUUACAUGGACUUGAGGCAAGAAGCUAUCGAUCUUCAAGAAUAUUCCAAUGCAAAACUUGAUCGGGUGACACGAUACCUCGGUGUACUUGCUGAUAAGACCCGUAAGCUAGAUCAGGCUGCUCUUGAAACAGAGUCUAGAAUAUCCCCUCUGAUAUUUGAGAAGAAAAAGUUAUUUAAUGACUUAUUGACAGCCAAAGGAAACAUAAAGGUGUUUUGUCGUGCAAGACCGCUUUUUGAAGAUGAAGGUCCAUCUGUUGUUGAAUUUCCUGAUGACUGCACACUAAGUGUAAAUACUGGUGAUGAUAGCCUCUCCAAUCCGAAGAAGGAUUUUGAGUUUGACAGGGUUUAUGGACCUCAUGUUGGACAAGCUGAUCUCUUCAGUGAUAUUCAGCCUUUUGUUCAGUCAGCAUUUGAUGGAUAUAAUGUCGCGAUAUUUGCAUAUGGACAAACCAACUCAGGAAAGACACACACUAUGGUCUCUCUCUCUCUCUUCCCCCCCCCCCCCCCCCCCCCCCCCCCCCCCCCACCAACACAAAAAAACAAAAAUUUAUCGAACUCAGAUUCUACUUCAACAUGUCGAUAUAAUUUCUCAGUUUCUGUCUUUGAGCUUUAUAAUGAGCAGAUACGCGAUUUGCUUUUGGAAUCUAGAAAUGGGCUACCAAAUAUAAGCAUUGGGUCAACAGACUAUAUUGUACAACUUGUGCAAGAAAAAGUUGAGAAUCCUAUGGAUUUCUCCAGAAGUCUCAAAACUGCAUUUCAGAAUCGAGGAACUGAUAUAUUGAAGUUUAAAGUCUCUCAUCUUAUUGUGAUGAUACACAUAUACUAUAACAACUUGAUCACGGGUGAGAAUUUAUAUAGCAAGCUUUCUCUUGUUGAUUUGGCUGGAAGUGAAAGUUCAAUUGUAGAAGAAGAAACGGGUGAGCGUGCAGCAGAGUUUCUGCAUGUUUUGAAAUCACUCUCAGCAUUGGGAGAUGUUUUGGCAUCCUUAACCUCUAAGAAGGAUAACAUUCCUUAUGGGAAUUCAGCGCUAACGCAAGUUCUUGCAGAUUCACUAGGUGGAAGCUCGAAAACUUUGAUGAUUGUUAACGUCUGUCCAAAUGCCUCAAACAUGUCUGAGACAUUGUCAUCCCUCAAUUUCUCUGCUAGAGCUCGAAAUGCUGUGCUGAGCCUUGGGAAUCGGGAUACGAUCAAGAAAUGGAAAGAUGUUGCAAAUGAUGCACGAAAAGAGUUAUAUGAAAAGGAAAAAGAAAUAAGUGAUAUGAAGCUAGAAGUUGUGGGUCUAAAACAAGCUUUAAAGCAUGCAAAUGACCAGUGCGUUUUACUCUUCAAUGAAGUUCAGAAAGCAUGGAAAGUUUCUUUUACGCUGCAGUCAGAUUUAAAGUCAGAGAAUAUUAUGCUUGCUGAUAAGCAUAAAAUAGAGAAGGAUCAGAAUGCACAGCUUAGGAAUCAAGUUACUCAACUGUUGCAAGUAGAGCAGGACCAGAAAUUGUUGAUACAAAAACGGGAUUCAAAAAUUCAGAUUUUACAGGAAAAACUGAAGGGCAUUGAAUCACAACUAAAUGAAGCUCUUCUUUCAAGGGAGACAAAGUUAACAAAUGGCUCAGAAUCGAGAACAUUGGAGCAAACCACCAAAACAACAGUGGAUGACAUGGAUUCUGCUGCAGUUACCAAGAGACUUGAGGAGGAACUCAAGAAACGGGACACCCUUAUUGAGAGAUUGCAUGAAGAAAAUGAGAAAUUAUUUGACAGAUUGACAGAAAAAGCUUCAUUAGCUGGAACACCUCAGGUGUCAAGUCCAUCUCCCAAAGGACAAGCUAUUCAGUCUCGCGAAGUGGGCAGGACUGAUAGUACUAACGUUAAAGGACCUUCUGGUGAUGUUGCCACUUUACCCUUCGCCUCAGAUAAGACAGAGGACACAGUUGCUUUGGUUAAAUCUGGUCCUGAGAGGGGGAAAACUACCCCAGCUGGUGAAUAUCUUACUUCUGCCCUUAAUGAUUUUGAUCCAGAACAAUACGACAGUCUUGCUGCCAUUUCAGAUGGGGCUAACAAGCUUCUGAUGCUGGUAGCUUUAGACAGCGUGGCAGAGUUUCUUAAUGCUUCCUCUGACGCUGCUCACAACGGUUCUCUACGAAUUAUGGAGGCCCUUUCUCUUUUUCCCUUCUGCUGUUUCCUCUUGGACGAGGAUACUGUGGAAGCUGCAGAAGCAGAGCCAAAUCCUGAACCAGACGAUAAAUUGUUGGCUUUCUUGGGAUUGGGAGGGUAUCAAUUUUCAUGCUCAGUUUCUUUCAAUACUGAACAAGGUGUAUUCUCAUAUGCUUGUCUUUAUCAGGAUAUUUCAGGUACUUUGGCAACCGAAGUGGCAGAAGACUCUGCACAAGUAGCUAAGCUACGUGGAGCUCUGGAGUCUGUGGAUCACAAGAGAAGGAAGAUUUUGCAACAAAUGAGAAGUGAUGCUGCAAUGUUGAACUUAGAAGAUGGUGCUUCACCCAUUCGGAAUCCUUCUACUGCUGCUGAGGAUGCAAGACUGGCAUCAUUAAUUUCCUUGGAUUCCAUACUGAAGCAAGUCAAGGAUAUAAUGAAGCAAUGCUCAGCGAAGGUUCUCGGUAAGAGUAAGAAGAAAUCAAUGCUUGCCUCUCUUGAUGAACUUGCCGAACGGAUGCCAUCCUUGCUUGAAGUUGAUCAUCCUUGUGCACAGAGGCAUAUAGCUGAAGCUAGACAUGCCCUAGAGUCAAUUUCUGAAGAGGAUGACCAGCUUCAUGACACUGCACAUGCUCACAAACUUUCUGGGGACACGGCAUAUGGUGCUGAAACCGAUGUGGCACAGUGGAAUGUUUUACAGUUCAACACCGGUUCAACAACUCCAUUCAUCAUCAAAUGUGGAGCCAACUCAAAUUCCGAAUUGGUCAUUAAAGCUGAUGCACGGGUUCAGGAACCUAAAGGUGGGGAAAUUGUUAUGGUCGUUCCAAGACCAACCGUUCUGGAAAAUAAAAGCCUGGAGGAGAUGAAAGAGGUAUUCUCGCAACUCCCUGAGGCUCUUAGUUUACUUGCUCUUGCAAGGACUGAAGAUGGAACACGAGCUCGGUACUCUAGAUUGUAUAGGACUCUUGCCAUGAAGGUUCCUGCUCUAAGGGACCUCGUUGGUGAACUUGAGAAGGGGGGAGUACUGAAGGAUGUGAAAUCAUAAGAGCCAAUUUGUUGGGAGGGGAAAUUUGUACAUCUCAUUUCCAAUGAUCUCUCACAUAAUAUGCAUUUUCUAGCUUGUCUUAUAAAUUCCGGCUUGUAUGUUUUUUUGUAUUCUGUCAUGUAAGCAGAUCUUUUGAGCCAUCGUGCUUGGUUACAAUGCAUUGGUACUGAUCAGUGACUGUUCACAGUAUCACCAAUUUAGCGGUGUAUCUGUACAUGCUAUUUAUAAAGUGUGUUCAAACAUGAUAUCAUUC